AUGUCAAUGAAUUACUCCACUUCCGGUCGGUUACUUUUCCUUUCUGCUGAAGUGAAUAAACAGUUGGAUGAAAAUUAUUGUUCUAUGCUGUAAAACAUCCGAAAUACUCUCUUCAAUAUCUCUUGAAUACAUGUUUGUCUAUUUAUUAAUUUAGUUGUCUUAUUGUAAAUAUUCCGGUAGAAGAAGAUGUUAGAUCUGGAGCUGUCAACUGGUGCAGAUAAUGUGGUUGAACAAAUUGAAAAACUCCCUGCGGAUAUGAUUGCAGAAACUCUUCAGACGAUCCUGGUUCAUCUUCAGGAUCAAAACAGAGCAGUAGAUUUGAUUGAAACUUGUGAUAAAUAUCAAAGAGCUGGGAUAAACCUUGAUCAGAAAGCUGUUCAAGAUAUUAUAAGACUGAUGUCACACUAUUUUAGGUUAGCUGCUAAGAGCAAUCUCAGUGCGGACGUUCUGGUCAGUAAUUUGUCAAAAUGCAGCAGUAAAUGGUCCAAAGCGACCCUGCAACUGGUGCAGCAGCUUUGGACGGAACACGGUGCUCUUUUACAGGCACAUGAGGAUCUCUUGGCAAUGGCUAGUAUUGGGCAGCUUGUAGAUAUCCAGUGGAAACUUGGCAUGGCUGUAAGCUCAGAUACCUGUCGAUCCCUCAACUCCCCAAUCAUUUCUGUUCUCAUGAAAAUCGCAGACACGUCAGGCGAAGUGUCAUAUAAAUCAUUCGAGAUGACAGUUCCACAGUUUCAGAACUUCUACAGGCAGUUCAAGGAAAUGGCCUCCGUUUUAGAGACUGUUUAAUAUUAUUUUGAUUUGUGUGUGUGUGUGUGUGUGUGUGUGUGUGUGUGUGUGUGUGUGUGUGUGUGUGUGUGUAUGUAUGUGUGUGUAAACCCUGCUGUCUUGGACAAAUAACAACAUUUAAAAGGUAUUUAAAUUUUAACAUAUAAACAUAUAUUCACGGUUAACAUAUCAAGGUAAAAUGCUCUUGAAAGUUACUAUUAAAAAUGGUAUGGUAAUGCAAAAGCUUACUUUUUCUGUUUUUCUGUUUUCUUGUUUAUUAUUAUAAAAUCACGUAUAUUUUAUUAAUACUGAUUUUUAUCAAUGUCUUUAGGAAUUAUUUGUUAUAUUUUUAAUUGGAUAUAUAAUUAUUAUAUAUUUUUAAUGUAGCUGAGUUAUUAAAACUAUUUAAAGGAUAGACAAUUUAACCUGCAUACAGUGAAUGCACUGUCAUUAUUAAAUUCUGAAAAUAAACAUUGAUGAAUGUUUGA